AUGGAGAACAAUGGUAGAGUGUGUCUCAUUUGUAACAGGUCAUUUUCUAAUGGAAAAGCUUUGGGGGGACAUAUGAAAUCCCACUAUGCCAAACUACCAAUCCAUCCAAAACUCCCGAUCCAUCCAAAACCCCCAAUCAACAACCAAGUACUUGAAUACUCAGCUGACUUGGCCAAACAUCCAACUCACUCUAUCUCUACAUCUUCACCAUCAAUUGUUAGUCCAAGAAAUAACUCAACAUACAAUCCUCAAGCUUUGAAAGUGAAAUUCAAAUGUACCCCGUCAAACUUUGGUAGGAAUAGUGUGUUUCAGUCUUGUCCAACAAACCCAACUGGAAAAAGAUCAAAACGCAAACCAAGACAGUUUCAUAUGGCUGAAGAAAGAGAAGAGAACACACAAUUUAACAUGGCUGAAGAAAAAGAAGAUAAUACACAAUUACAAUCGGUGUAUAGUGAUUUGGAUAUAGAAGCUGCUGAAACACUAGGUGUUAUUCUUAAGAAAGAAUGGAACCAAAUUGAGGACAAAUACUACACUGAGAAGAAAAAAGCAAGUGAAAAUGGAAACACCGUAUUUGAGUGUGAUAUUUGUCAUGAAGUGUUUCAAUCUGGCAAAGAUCUUUUCGGACAUGAAGAGAUCCAUAGGAAAACUACCAAUCUAGCAGGAGAGAUUGGUAGAAGUGGAAACAUAUAUGAUGUCGUAAAUGAAAAAGUGCAUAAGUGCGAAUAUUGCUUUGACAUCUUUGAAUCUGGUCACGUAUUGGAGGAACACACGAAGGUACACCUAUACAAUUAUUAUGAUUCUGACCCAUAG